AUGCUGAACACAAGUAUUUCAGCUGGGGGACUUGUCAGGAGAAAUUUCAGUAUCAACAACAAUAAGCCGCAAAGAAACGACCGCCCUAGAGAAUCCAUAGGUUCCAGAAGCAACAAGCCCGCAAAGCGUGGUUCGUCAAUCUCGUCGACAAGAGACAAGCGUUUAACGAUUAACGUGAGUGGAAUUAAGUUUCAGACUUGGCAGAGCACGCUGAUGCGUUUUCCUGAUUCUUUACUGGGCAGUGCAGAAGCCAUGAAACAGUUCUACGACGAGCAAAGAAAGGAGUAUUUCCUCGAUCGCGAUCCAUAUCUCUUUAAGUUUGUUUUGAAUUAUUACCGAUUUGGCAAACUACACUUCUCCCAAGAAGACUGUCCCGCUGCGUUCGAAGAAGAAUUACAAUUUUAUGGCUUUUCAAUUUACGACGUAAACGAUUGUUGUUGGGAAUACUGUACCCACAAAGAGAAAGGCCUACUUAUUGAAGGCGACAACGAUGCCCUUGAGGGGGAGACAAUUACCUGCAACGGAAAUUUGUGCGCCGUACAUUGCGAGCCAAAACUAACUUUGCGGCAGAAAAUUUGGCGAACCAUUGGCCCUUCAAAGACUACAAAGACCGGCGUAAUAUUUCACAUAAUAUACGGGUUUUUUAUUUUCGUAAGUGUGUUAAUAGCGUCUCUCGAAACUUUACGAUGUGGUCAAAAAACGUGUGGAGAAGUUUAUCACAGUAUCUUCUUCACAAUAGAAUCAGCUUGCGUUAUUGUAUUUACCGCUGAACUUUUGAUUCGCUUCUACGUUUGUCCGAUGAAAAAGAAAUUUAUGCGGGAUGCUAUGAACAUAAUUGAUACACUAGCCAUUCUUCCUUACUACAUCACACUGAUUGUUACCAGCUUUGGAGUGGAAACAAGCUAUAUACAAAUACUCAAAGUUUUGCGCGUGAUUCGGAUUCUGAAGUUAACGAGGAAUUCGAGAAGACUUCGUUGCCUCUUGUUAACUCUUCGACGCUGCGCAGUAGAUAUUGUAUUUCUCUACUGUAUUUGUCUCUUGGCGAUUAUUUUGUUUGGAACAGCGGUUUAUUAUGUGGAUUUCAUGGGAGGAGAUCCACAGUUUUCAAGCAUUCCGGAAUCAUUUUGGUAUACCUGUGUCACCCUGAUGACAGUUGGGUAA